UAAAGGGAGACAAGCUGGUUCAAGCGAUUUGUGAAUUUUGUGGAGUUCGGUAGAGGAGAUUAUCUAGACUUGUGUUCUGUUUCUUCAAACAUUAGAAACAUUGGACUUACAGGAUUGAAAGUGUAAUUUAGCUUUCAUAUCAUCUAAUCUGAAUCAAGUCUUCCAAAGGAUGGUGCUUAGAAAAACCAAAUUUAACAAUCCAGAUUACAGCUACAUACCCGGUGGACUGCAUGUGGGGGCCAAUAUUCUCGUUCGAGGCAGAGUUCCAGAAGGUUCAGAUGGAUUUUCAAUCAACCUGCAGAAGGAAAACAAAGAUGGCUGUGACAUUGCACUUCAUUUCAACCCCAGAUUAGCAGUGAAAACUGUAGUAAGAAACACAUAUCAUGGCGGCUGGCAGGGGGAGGAGCGAGACACUCCUUCAUUCCCAUUUACCGGUGGCUCCAAGUUUACCCUUAGAAUUAAUGUGGGGCCCAAUGCAUAUGACAUUAUGGUGAACGGUCAGUUUUUCAUCCAAUACAAACAUCGACUACCACACCAGGAGGUCAACUACUUGAGGCUAAAUGAGCAUGCUGAGUAUUACGAGGCUACCAUCCAGAAUACCUCUCACCUGCCUUAUCGAGGCGAGAUACCUGGUGGUUUAAAGCCAGGUAAAGCAAUAAGAGUGAGGGGAUGUGUCAAUGACAAUGCUAACAGAUUUGAGAUCAACUUUAACACAGAUCCAGAUGGACAUACUGUUGGAGUUUUAUUUAACCCUAGACAAGAUGAAGAGGAUGUUGUGCUCAACACCAAAGUUGGGGACUGGCAGGCAGAAGAAAGGGGGAAAGAAUCAUUUCCCUUUAAAAGAGGUCACUUCUACGAUGUUCUGUUUAUUGCUUGGGAUGGAUUGUUUAAUAUCUAUGUGAAUGAGUCAUUCUACACCUCAUACAAGUUUCGUGUUCCUGCUGAUGAUAUCAAGUUUAUCAGCAUUAAUGGAGAUACCACUCUCUUGGAUGUGGAGUUUGACAAACCUCUGCCAGCUGAUUACAUAAAAACUAUCCCUUCAGGCCUUGAACAAAGUGAUCUCGUUAUUACUAAAGGAUUUUUUUACCCAGAAGGAAAGAGGUUUUCAGUCAACCUACACUAUGGCACCUCUGUGAAUGAUGACAUAGCUCUCCACUUCAAUCCUAGACGUGACCAAGGGGAGGUGGUACUGAAUAACAGGCAAAAUGGUGGCUGGGGGGCUGAAGAAAGGCAUAAACUUCCAAACCCAUUUACAGAAUUACUGCCAUUUGAAGUGGAAUUUGUGAAUAAAAGUAAUAAAUUUAAGAUUUAUGUCAAUGGGAAACAGUUUGCUGAUUUUCAAGCCAGAGGCAAAGUAGAGGACAUUAAAAGUAUCAAUGUUGGUGGUGAGGCCCAUAUCUAUGAGGUUAAACUUUUAAGGAGAGUGGAGAACCCAUUUGUGGACAACAUUCCUGGGAAAUUUCAGCAAGGCACAUGGGUCACAGUAUGUGGCACACCAAAGAAAGAUGCAAAAGAAUUUGACAUAAACCUUCAGUGUGGGGAUGACAGCAACUACAGCUGUGAUGUAGCCUUUCACUUUAACAUCCGCUUUAAAAAGCAGAAAGCUCUCACGAAAGAUUUGAAAGAUGGUGAUUGGGGGAAAAAGCAUAAAGAAAAAUCUCAUUUUCCUUUUGUAGCAGAAGAUAAAUUUGAGGUCAACAUCCUGUUAACCUCUGAUGUCUUUAAAGUAUAUGUAAAUGGGAAGUACUAUACAAGUUUCCCCUACAGAAUCCAACCUGACCACAUCAGCCACAUUAUGUUAAAGGGAGACUGCAACUUCUUUGAGCCAGAGUUCUACAACCUUCAGUUCACAGCCUAAAAUGGGAAGCUUCACAUCAUAGAUUGUUAUAUGAAAGGUAUCUGUACAGUGUAUUACAAUCAAGUUUAGGUUUUUAAAAACUUUUCACUACUUAUCAUAUUUUGACUGAACUACUUAGAUAAGACUAGUUAAAAAUGUGAAUCCAAGGAGAAAAACUUUUUGUUUUUAAAAACACUAUUUUAGCUAUUGGAGUUCAGCUUUGAUUUUGAUAAAAUGUAUACACUACUAAGCACUAAUUCUACAUGUCGUAUACUUAAAUGAGCACUGUUGUACCAUGUUAAUUUUUUGAACACACAGCUGUACCAGCAUUCCUUAUACUACAUAAUUCAUUACUGUUACCUAUUUAAGACAAGGAUGUAUUUACUGUUGAUUUUAGUUUUUAAAUUACUGUACUUAAGUUGUGAUUAUUUUAGAGCUUUCUACUUAGUAUUAUAAUUCCUAUAUAUUUUACAUUAAUUGUUAUUGCUUUAAAAAUAAAUUGUUAGUCAUAUAACUACAGUGGGAAUACAUUUGUGAUAAUUUUAUUUACUCUGAUUUUAUAAGAGAAUAAAUUAUUUAUAUUUCA